AAUAAAUAAAAAAAAAUUGUAACAAGAGAGGGCGCUCGUAUUUUUUCACGAGGCCGAUCGAUCCGAGAGAUGCGAGAGCGAACUUUCGAAGCUCCGCAAAUUGCAGACAGUUUUACUUUUCAGCAGGCGGAAGCACACAUUCAAGGAAAAAAACUUUUAUUCUUCCUUCUUGGAGAUUGUAUUGACAGUCUCUAACAAAAAUGUGGAGGUUUCUGUGUCUGUGGCUCUUCUGCCUCAUCCCGUCGGUCCUGAGCGGGCCCGUCGUGCCGGUGUUGGCCGGGGACUUGCUGCCUCCUCCACGGUACACCGUCGACCUCGACAUGCCGGAAGAGACGCGUUGGCGACCGGUCCUGCAGCACUGGAACAAAACCCAGUAUCGGGAGAUGAUACGAAACCAAGUGCUGCUCAAAGUAAUGUCUCCGGAGCUCUUGGCCCUUCUCAAUGUCUUGGCGAGUCAGAUUGAUUACUUUCUCCCAUCUCCUUAUGCUGGCGAGAUCCGCGGCGUCGCCAACUACUUUGAGAUGGACAUUGGAGAGGUUGUCUUCCUCAAUGUCUUGUAUUCAUUCUCAGCUACCACGACGAGUUGCACCAGCAUCGUGGCACAGGAUAGCGACGGCAACAUCUGGCACGGACGCAACUUGGAUUUCGCAUUUACAGAAGUUCUAAGAAACUUGACGGCUGAGAUUGACUUCCAAAGCAAGGGCAAGACUUUGUAUACCAGCACUGUAUUUGUUGGGAAUGUGGGCGCAGUGACCAGCCAGCGUCCGAAUGGUUUUACCGUCUCCUUGAACGAAAGACAUAACGGCACUCUUGAAGAAAACCUCAUCCAGAUUCUGAAAGCGCUGAUAUCCAGAAACACUGUCUUCACUUCGUUUCAAAUAAGAGAUGCGCUCGCGGCCGGGGACGAUUUUCAAAGUGCCAUGGAUCGCAUGACCAACAAAAAAGAGACGGCGCCCAACUAUUUCAUCGUUGGCGGGGUUCGGGCUGGAGAGGGCGCUGUGAUCACAAGAGACCGAUUGAGGGCGCUAGACGUGUGGCGCCUUAACGCAUCCGCUGGGAGAUGGUUUGUGUUGGAGACGAACUAUGAUCAUUGGCUGCCACCACCGAAGACAGACGACCGGAGGGACGCCGGGAACAAGGCAAUGGAGGCGAUUGGACAGAAAAAUAUCAACCUGGACAACUUACUGAAGGUGCUGUCUGUUACACCGGUUUGCCGUGGGGAGACUGUUUACACAACAUUGAUGAGUGCUGCCCACCCAGGCCUCUACAAAACCUUUAUUCGUCGAUGUGGCUAGGGGAAAGUUCAUGAAAUGAUUUCCUAACUUUUGAAUUGUCUGUUGCACAAAAUAUUAUCUGCAAAUACUGAAAAAAACUUGUCAAUUUUCCAUAAGACACAAAAAUGUCUUAAACAGGAUUGAAACUUGCAGUUUCCAGUAUUAUCGGGUAUUAUUAAUGAGAAAUAUAUAUUUGUUCAUUUUCUAAUUAUGGUAUGAACUUCAAAUACAUGUAUCGUGCUUUUUUAAUUGAACAAUUUAAAAAAUAAACACGGUGCACUGUAUUUUGAUUUUUCAGUCGGUGUUGAUAUGUUCGUACGAGUCUGAAAUUUUGCUGUUGGAAAAUUCCUAACAAUUGGAGGUGUCAUUGCAAAAAAUAUAAAACUGAAUUGAAAAAAAAAUAACUUAAUAAAAUGAUAUGUUAUUUAAAUUAAAGGCAAUGUUAUUUUUUUAUCGAUGUAUUUUAAAUUAAGCCUUGUUGAUGGAUGUUUUUUGUCAGUACUGGAUUCCUUGAAGAUAAAUAUUGCCAUUUAAUGAAUGCAUUAUAUGAAGAAAAAAUUAUAUUUUGCGAUUUGAUGUAAAUUUUACAAACAAAAUGUCUCUGUACCAGAGAAAUCGUGCCUACAAUGAUUGUUGACAAUUAAAAUAUAGUUUUACUAUUCAAUUUAUAUUUUUUUAAAUGCAACUGAAUAUGUAAAUAUUGAAAUUAGAUAUGCAAAAGAAUAUAUUUUGUGAGGGAGGAUGUCAUUAAUGAAUUAAUUCAUUCCUAAUUCUUUUUAAGAAUGUAGAGAUUAUGCGUAAUUAUACAUUAGUAAUUUAAAGUUUUAUGGUAUAUUUGGUAUAUUAAUUAAAAUAACUCAAAAUAAACGAAACAUACUGCAUUAGUUGGUUUUU